CUCAGGUCAAAAUUCAAAAUAAUCAAUAACUUCGUCUGGGUCUCGAAUAGGUCUGGUAGGUACAGCGAUCAUAAAACGUUUUGUGUCCUCUAAAUUUUAUUCAAUUGUUACUAAGAGCGAUAUCUUUGGCAACAUGAAUAUUCCAUUUCCCAUAAUAUACCCUCACAUGAUCUGCCCUGAUUGGUUUAACUCCGAUAGACCCUAUGACGAAGAUGCUGAAUUAACAAGAAUGGAGCAAGCAAAUCAACGUUGGCUGAACUCUGUAGCCAAGAAGUAUAUGAAACAUAUUCCUAUUGAAAAACCAAAUCCAGAGCCAAUGGAAGAGGCUGAAACCGAUGAUGAUGUUUUCAUUGUCACAGGCAAUGAUGAUCCAGAGGAAUCGGAGGAGUCUCAUGAUGUUGAUGAAGUAGAAGAAAUUCCAACUACUACUACUACAACAACAACUACUACUAUUGAUGACUCUCCACCAACAAAUCUUGAUGGAGAACCAGAGAGUCUUACUGAGAGUCCUGAAGACAGCCCUGAAGAAGACAGUCCUGGGGAAGACAGCCCUACAGAAGACAGCCCUGCUGAUACAGAUGAUCUUGAAGUAGAGGCUACUCUCUGGCCAUAUGAGGCUCAAGAUGAAUAAAUGAAAAAUUAAGCGAUUUCACAUACUCUCAUUAUAUUAUGUAUGUUUGCAAUCGCACAUAAUACAGUAGUAACUUCUAGUAGUACUAUCCCAUUUCCUUAAAUAAUAUAUGAUAUUUAUAUUUCGUCAUGAAUUUGUCUAGUUUAUUUGAUGGCCUGGCCACUUGAUUUAAGGUAUCAUUUUUGUUUAACCAUAUACAAAUAAAACUUCUAGUCAUAUAUUUAAUUACUUUUUUAAGUUUUUUACUUUUAUUUUUUAAUUGGGUAUGAACAGAAUAUUUUAAUUUUAAAUGUAAAGGUUAUAUAAAAUUAAGUUUUAUAAAUCAUACAAUUUGUGAUAAUUUUAUAUUUAUUGGAUUUUGUAAUUUAUUGCUGUAUUACGUUGUUAUUUAGUAAUUAUAUAGGCUUUUAGU